UUCUUGAAUGCAUCAAAAAGCUCCUGGUGACGGAGAAGCGGUUGGGAGGGAGCUGCCAGCAUCGUCUCAUACCGUCGGUGGACAGAAAGCUCCGUGUCCGCGGAGAUAUGGAGACGCCGGGGAGAAUAGCAACCACACCGGACGCUCUGGACUUCACGGUGGAAAACGUAGAGAAGGCUCUCCAUCAGUUAUAUUAUGAUCCAAAUAUAGAAAACAAGAAUCUGGCGCAGAAAUGGCUGAUGCAAGCUCAAGUUUCACCUCAGGCCUGGCAGUUCUGCUGGGCCCUACUAAGCCCCGAUAAGGUGCCUGAGAUUCAGUACUUUGGGGCCAGCGCGCUUCACACCAAAAUCUCCAGGUACUGGUCGGACAUCCCCACAGACCAGUACGAGUCCCUGAAGAGCCAGUUGUUCUCCCAGAUAGCCUGCUUCUCCUCCGGCUCCAAGAUGGUUCUCACCAGGCUGUGCGUGGCGCUGGCCUCCUUGGCGCUCAACACGAUGCCCGAGGCCUGGCCCGGCGCCGUGGCGGAAAUGGUCCGAGUGUUUCAGGAGGAGGGGGGUGGGGUGGACGGCCGGGCACGCUGCCUGGCUUUACUGGAGCUGCUCACUGUGCUGCCUGAGGAGUUCCAGACCAGCCGCCUGCCGCAGUACCGAAAGGGACAGGUCCGGGGAGCCCUGGGCCGGGAGUGGGGGUCAGUCUGCCCCUUACUGCAACAACUGCUGCGGCGGGCCGAUAGCCCCGGGGCAGUUAAAGCCCGCGUGCUGCGCUGCCUGUCGUCAUGGGUGCUGCUGGACGUGCCCCUCAACGAGAGCGAAGGACUGGUGCACGACUGCUUCAGCGCCCUGUCCGACCCAGAGCUCUUCGACACGGCAGUAGAGGCUAUAGUCAACGCCAUUUCCCAACCCGACUCCCAAAGGUUGGCUUGUCGUUUCGCUGCCUAUUUUCGCUGAAUGUUGUGGUCGUGAGAAGAGAAAUUACACUUGAGUUAAUGCUGUAGUAGAAUGAAGACACAAUAUGUGGUGGACAAAAAAAAAAAAAUGUCUGAGUCGUUACUGGAAGGCAGGGAGCGAUGCAUGGAUGAAAGGAAGAAAGGGACUGGUACAGGGCAUGCUCACAGCCGAGAGGAGGAAAGCAGCAUUUCUCGGUUGGAUGGUGUUACUAUGGUUACAGAUCUGGGGGAGAGAUGUCAUCAUGCCCUGGUUGAUUCAGACAUGGCAGGCACCCAUUACCCCUCCCCUAGAGACAGAGCGGGAGGGGGGGACUGAGCUAAGAGAAAAGGAGAGGAAGCUGUGUGAAGGUGGAAGACUGGGGGAAGGUGUGAAGCUGCCCAGGAAUAUACGGUUUUAUUCUCCACGCCUCAGACUGGGAUGCUGCUUCUGGCUGAUGCUGCUGCUGGCAGGUCACUUUGAACACAAUGGCAUCUUGUCAAACAGAUGGUUCAGCACAUUGAUGC